GAGACAAAGAAGCAUUAGGGUUUUAAUGUUCCCAUGGCUAGCCCAUGGUCACAUUUGUCCAUUCCUAGUCCUCGCCAAGGCGUUGACCAUCAGAAACUUCUACGUUUACAUUUGCUCCACCCCUGUAAACCUCAACUCCAUCAAGAAGAGCCUCUCAGAAAAAGACUCUGUUUCCAUAAAGCUUGUGGAGCUUCACCUUCCUGACCUCCCCCACCUCCCCCCUCACUACCACACCACCAAUGGCCUCCCUCCCCAUCUCAUGCCCGCUCUCAAGAGCGCCAUGGAUAUGGCCAUGCCCCAUUUCUCCACCCUCCUCACCACCCUCAAGCCGGACUUGGUUCUGUACGAUUUCCUCCAGCCGUGGGUUCCGACGAUCUCAUGCGCCCAGAAUAUCCCGGCGGUUCUUUUCCUCAGCCCCGGGGCGGCCUCGUCCUCGUACCUGUUUCACGUCGGGAGGGGGCACCCGGUCGAGGAGUACCCCUUCCCGACGGUCUACCUCAGGGAUCAUGAGUAUUUCAGGAACAAACGUAUAUUCGAACAGCCCCCGGAGAACGUGGAUGGCGGCCGUGCUAUAAGCGACACGGAGAGGGUGGACGGCUGUUUGGAAGGGUCGUCCGGGAUAAUCCUCAUCAAGACUUUCCGGGAGCUCGAAGGGCGGUAUAUCGAUUACCUCAGCAAGUUGGUCAACAAACGAUGCGUCCCGGUCGGUCCGCUCGUUCGGUCUACGGUGGCGGACGGAGAGAACCUGGAGAUCAAGGAGUGGCUGGACACGAAGCAGCGGUGCUCGACCGUCUUCGCGUCCUUCGGGAGCGAGUACUUCUUGACCGAGGAGGAGAUGGAGGAGGUGGCUCUGGGGUUAGAGCUCAGCGGAGUCAACUUCCUUUGGGUCAUUAGGUUUCCGGCCGGCGGCGCGUGCGGCGGGGAUGGGAGCGUCCGGGCGGUGGAGGAGGCUCUGCCGAAGGGGUUUCUCGAGAGAGUGGGGAAACGAGGGAAGGUCGUCGAAGGGUGGGCCCCGCAGGGGAGGAUUCUCGAACAUCCGAGCAUGGGCGGGUUCUUGAGCCACUGCGGGUGGAGCUCGGUGAUGGAGGCUUUGAAAUUCGGGAUUCCGAUCAUCGCGAUGCCGAUGCAGUUGGAUCAGCCUUUGAACGCGAGGUUGGUGGCGGAGUCGGGGAUAGGGGAGGAGGUGGAGAGGGACAUGGAGGGGAGGUUGGACAGACAUGAGGUGGCGAGGGUGGUGAGGAAGGUGGUGGCGGAGAAGAGCGGGCAGCGGCUGCGACGGCGGGCGAGGGAGUUCAGUGAGAAGAUAGUGAGUGAGAGGGGGGAGGAGGAGAUCGACGAGGCGGUGGAGGAGUUGAUGAAGCUUUGCCGGAGGACGUCGCUGAGGCCGCAAAACUCUACUACCGAGCUUUUCAACUAUACAUAAUGCACCCUAGCUCGAUCAUUUUAUAUACGGAUCGGAGUAUAUUGUUUCUGUUAUUAUUUCAUCAUGCUCAUCUUUUCUUUUUGCUUGUUGGCUAUGCGUGAAUAAAAAUGAUGUAAAUUGCACUAAUAUAAUACUACCUCCGUUCUCUUUUAAUUGCA